GGGCGAUGGACUUCCUAGUUACCCAGCAUGCUUUGCGGUGCGGGGAGGCUGAGGCGGCCGUCGCUGCAUGGUAGUGGUGACUGGAGUGCAGUAGCAUCAUAACAGACUUCCGACGAGGACCCGUCCUCAGGACCCUGGAUCAGCACCUGACCCCGACCCGGCCUGCUCUCCCGCAGCACCAUGAACUACCUGCGCAGGCGGCUGUCUGACAGCAGCUUCGUGGCCAACCUGCCCAACGGCUACAUGAUGGACCUGCAGCGUCCCUCCGGGCCCUCCAGCUCGCCGGUGUCCCCCGCCACCGAGCGCAGACACCCGGGCCAGCAGGGGGCGCCGCCGCCCGCCUCCUCCACCUCCGCCGGCUUCCUCAGCUCGCUGUCCAGCGUGGUGAAGAGCGGCCAGGCCACGCCCCCCGCCCAGGCCACGCCCCCCGUCGCCCAGGCCACGCCCCCCGCCCCGCUCGCCCCGCGCAAGCCCAAAGUCCUGCUGAUCAUCGACGACCCGCACACCGACUGGCUGAAGUACUUCCGCGGGAGGAAGCUGAACGGGGAGUACGAGAUCCGAGUGGAACAGGCAGAGUUCUCGGAGAUCAACCUGGCGUCCUGCGUGAACGGUGGAUGCGUGGUGGACAUGCAGGCCAUGAGGGGCGGGACCAGGGUGGUCAGUCGGUCCUUCAGGCCAGACUUCAUUCUGAUUCGCCAGCACGCCUACAGCAUGACCCCCGGGGAGGACUUCCGCAGCCUGGUGAUUGGCCUGCAGUUUGGGGGCGUGCCCAGCGUGAACUCUCUCCUCUCCAUCUACAACUUCUGCAGCAAGCCCUGGGUGUUUUCCCACAUGAUCAAACUCUUCCAGGCCCUGGGCCCGGAGAAAUUCCCUCUGAACGAGCAGACCUUCUACCCCAACCACAGGCAGAUGAUGACGACGCCCGCGUUCCCGGUGGUGGUGAAGAUGGGACACGCCCAUUCCGGAAUGGGAAAGAUUAAAGUGGAGAAUCACUAUGACUUCCAGGAUAUCACCAGCGUGGUCGCUCUGGCUAAAACCUACGCCACUUCAGAGCCCUACAUAAACUCCAAGUACGACAUCAGGGUGCAGAAGAUCGGCAGCAAUUACAAGGCCUACAUGAGAACGUCCAUCUCAGGAAACUGGAAAGCCAACACGGGCUCCGCCAUGCUGGAGCAGAUCGCGAUGACAGACAGGUAUCGGCUGUGGGUGGACUCCUGUGCGGAGAUGUUCGGCGGUCUCGACAUCUGCGCGGUGAAGGCGGUCCAUGGCAAAGACGGCAGCGACUACAUCAUCGAGGUGAUGGACAGCUCCAUGCCUCUGAUCGGAGAGUACGUGGAGGAGGACAAGCAGCUCAUCACGGACCUGGUGGUGAACAAGAUGAGUCUGCUGCUGACGGGGGGGGCGUCCCCGCCCCACUCCUCCGCCAAGAGCUGGCCGGGGCCCCUGACCACCCAGCCUCGCCGGGGACAAGGUGUGGCCCGCUCACGGGGAACGUCUCCCUCACAGUCCGCUCAGGGGUCCCCCCAACGCGCCAGGUCUGCCACCACCUCCCCCAGCCAAGCCUUCCAGCCCGGACCUAUCCCAGCAUCCUCUGGGCCCGGCGCCGGCCCUCAGCUCAAUAAAUCUCAGUCGCUCACCAAUGCCUUCAGCGUGGGGGAGGCGCUGCGCGGGAACACCAGCGAGGAUGAGGCCAAGGCCGAGACCAUCCGCAGCCUCCGCCAGUCCUUCGCCAGCCUCUUCUCCGACUAGGACCCUCUCCUCCUCUCCUCUUUCCUCCU